AGCCUCCUGAAACCUGGGGAGUAGACACCACAGCUUUGACCUCUUAAGGCACGACUCCUGCUCCAAAGCUUGUAACUCCAUUUGUCAUCUGAGGUCUCUGCUUGUCCUGUACCCCAAGGAUGGAGCCACUUCUCGGAGUAAAAAUUGGCUGCCUGUUUGCCCUGCUGGCUCUCACCCUCGCCUGUGGCCUUACUCCCAUCUGCUUCAAAUGGUUCCAGAUUAAGGCAGCCACAGGUCGUCACCACCGGGUCCUCAGCCUCCUGGGCUGCCUUUCUGCGGGUGUCUUCCUAGGGGCAGGGUUCAUGCACAUGACUGCUGAAGCCCUGGAGGGAAUUGAAUCGGAGAUCCAGAAGUUCAUGAUGCAGAACAGGACAGAGAGUGCGGGAAAUUCUUCUGGUGAUGCUGAUUCACCUUACACAGACUAUCCCUACGGAGAGCUCGUCAUCUCCCUGGGCUUCUUCUUCGUCUUCCUUUUGGAGUCCCUGGCAUUGCAGGGCUGUCCUGGAGCAGAUGGAGGAUCAAAAGUGCAGGAAGAGGAAAUGUGUGGGGCUCAUGUCCUUGGCCUCCACAGUCACGGACCUCCCCCCGCCCCCUCGCGGAGUCCCUUUCGAGCCCUCGUCCUCUUGCUCUCACUCUCCUUCCACUCAGUGUUCGAAGGCCUGGCUGUGGGGCUGCAGACAACAGUAGCCGCUACCGUGCAGCUCUGUCUUGCUGUCCUGGCUCACAAGGGGCUCAUAGUGUUUGGGGUAGGACUGCGGCUGGUGCAGACAGGCACGGGCUCCCGAUGGGCCGUGUUCUCCAUCCUGUCGUUUGCUCUCAUGUCCCCCCUGGGCCUGGCCCUAGGGCUGGCUGUGGCUGGAGGCGAUGCCGAAGGGGGCCGAGGCUUAGCCCAGGCUGUGUUAGAGGGUGUGGCAGCUGGCACCUUCUUAUACGUCACCUUCCUAGAAGUUCUCCCCCGGGAGCUAGCUGGUCCUGAGGCCCCUCUGGUCAAGUGGGGCUGUGUAGCUGCUGGUUUUGCCUUCAUGGCCUUUAUUGCCUUGUGGGCCUGAGAGAGUCCUGACUUUUCUGGGGACCCAUCUAAAAUGCCGUCCCUACCACCAGGAGAUGCCCCCAGAAGGCUUCAGCCCUCAGGCAUUUCUUCACUGAGACUGAGUGGCAUUCACUGGACAGCAUUCCCACGAGCUGGAUCCCAGAUUUUCCUAACGGAGAUACCACUGCCCAUCCAGGACUCAGAAAAGGAUGUUUAUGUUUGGUUGAGUGCUCAUAGAUUGGAGAAUUGAUAGAAAGACCACUGCUCCAGAUUUGACUCUUGUUCCAUUUUUGCUACUAUGUGUAAUAAAAUGUCCAUUUUAGCCU